AUGGCCACCAAAGCUCAUAUUCUAAUUUCUUUAUACAUAUUCUUGACCUUGUUCUCCUUUCUAGUUGUCGAAGCAUUUUCUUCCAAGUUUGUGAGCGAUUUCUUAGGCUCUAAGAAAGGUGACAAAGUAAAGGGGCUCGGUCAAAUCAAACAAUACCUUGUCAAGUAUGGCUAUCUCAUGCACAACCCCUCCACAACGGAUGAGGGAUUUGAAGUUCUAGAUGAUGCCGUAGAAGAAGCCAUAAGGAAAUACCAACUCUUCUACCAUCUCGAUGUUACGGGUGUGUUAGACGAACAUACAUUGUCAUUGAUGACAAAGCCUCGAUGUGGCUUCCCCGAUUUGAUCAAUGGUACGACUAUCAAGCAUGGAAUGAAACUAGUUCUAGAUCCAACAAAACGUUCCUACUAUGUGACUGGCUCAAAGUGGGACAAGCUAAACCUAACAUGGGCCACUAAGCCUGGAAUGCGAGAUGACGCUCGUAAACCUAUUUUUUUUGCGAUUAAAGAAUGGGAGUUAGUAACUCGGUUUCAUUUUGUGCAAAGCAAUGAUUUUGAGAAGUCCGACUUGAAAAUAGGUUUCUAUAGUGGAAAUCACGGAGAUAAUCAACCUUUCGAUGGGCCGGGAGGGAUUUUCGCUCAUGCUGGGUUGCCGCCUGAUGGGGGAGUUCAUUUUGAUGCAGAUGAGAAUUGGGUGAUCGGGGCAGUGCCCGGGAGAAUUGACAUCGAGAGUGUUGCAUUGCAUGAGUUAGGGCAUGCCCUCGGACUUGAACAUAGCACCGUUGAAGCUGCCAUCAUGUGGCCUUAUGUUCCAAUUGGUGUAAUCAAACACUUGAAUAUCGAUGAUGUUGCGGGAAUCAAGGCCUUGUACCAUUUUCCUUAG